AUGGGUUCGGUAUUUGGUCAAAGGGAGAAUAUCAAUACGAGCACGGUCUUCCAUGCUGGCCUUCCGCCAUCGAUCUCUGCGCUUGCGGCAACUCUUGUGCCAACUACCGCGAUACCUGCAGUGGAAACUACAGUAGCAGCAGCACCAGAACCAACAACCGCAACUGAAGAAUUGCCGACAAAUGUCGAUCGGGAGGUAAAAGAAGUCACCUUCGGCAACUUCAACGAAUCAAUGGAACGAUUCUUGGAGCAAGCUGCUCCUACCCCGGAGCCACAGAAUGAAGAGGUGGAAAGCAUUGCUUCCAGUGGAGAAACUGGCUCUGACGACGACGACGAUAACGUGCCGCGCGGCAGGAAAUUUUUUUAA